UCCGACUAUACUGUGGUAAUUGGGAACGCGUAUCACGCCAAAUUCGCUCUUGUUCUGAUUGGCUUCUUUUCUGCUUUUUGUUUUUCUGUCAAGGUGCGAAUUCUCUCUGACAUGAACUGUAGACUUUCAGCGCUGGCAGUAAAUUUUCGAAUACAGCCCUGAUUGGAUCGAUAGUAACCUAACCUGUACCAACGUUUAGCGUAGGAGGCCGGACAGUAAGCGGCCCAUAAUUGAGUGCGGUGAACCUAACCUAUACGUAUUAUGUUUAACCUCGCAAGUCAAACCGCAUAAACAAAAUCCUAUAUAUUGUAGAAAUCUGUGGAAAUAAUAAAAGACUUAGUACAAUUAAUCACGAUGCCUAGGAUACUGAUUUUUACGUUAUUUUUUAUAAAUUUUUACGUCGCAUUUUGCCGAGAUAUCGAUAUCGACAAUAACGGAUAUAUUAUUUACUGUCCCUGCAUGGGACGUUUCGGCAAUCAAGCGGAUCACUUUUUAGGAGCUUUAGGUUUCGCUAAGUCUUUGAAUCGCACCUUGGUAUUACCACCAUGGGUCGAAUAUCGCACAGGAGAGACGAGAUCAAGACAAGUACCUUUCGACACCUAUUUUAACGUGUCACAAGUACAAAGUUGUCACAAGGCGUUACUGAUGGAAAACUUCAUGAGGGAUGUCGCACCAAGCAUAUGGCCUCCUGAGGAAAGAGUAUCUUUCUGUUACUCCCCUCGCGGCAAGGAAGGGGAUUCCUGCAAGGCUAAGGAUGGAAAUCCAUUCGGGCCAUUUUGGGACACGUACAACAUAGAUUUCGUCAAGUCCGAAUUUUACGGUCCACUUCACUAUGAAAUGUAUCACACUGACAUGAAGAUACAAUGGCGCAAACGAUAUCCAGCGGUAACUUGGCCGGUGAUGGCGUUUACAGGUGCUCCCGCGAGCUUCCCGGUGCAAUACGAGAACAAGAAGCUUCACGCGUGUCUCAAUUGGAACGCCAACAUGCUGGACAAGGCCAAAAACUUUAUAAAGAAAACACUGCCGAAAGGCGCGUUCGUGGGCAUACAUCUGCGGAAUGGAUUUGAUUGGGUACGCGCCUGCGAAUUUAUUUCGACCACGCCGAAUCUUUUCGCCGCCCCUCAGUGUCUGGGAUAUCGUAAUGAGCGUGGCAAGGCAACCCCGUCCAUGUGUCUGCCGUCGUUCGACUUGAUAGUGCGCCAUUUGAAACGCGUCAUUCGCAACAGCAACGACGUGAAAUCGGUGUUCGUGGCGUCCGACGGGAACCACACGCUCAACGAACUCGGGAGAGCCUUGGCACGCAUGAAGAUACCGGUAUUUCGGCAAGAACCGCCGGCCUCGCCUCACCUGGACUUGGCCGUUCUCGGGCGGGCGAACUACUUCAUAGGAAAUUGCAUCUCCUCCUUCUCCGCUUUUGUGGCUAGAGAAAGAGAAGUCAAGGGAUUCCCGACUUACUUCUGGGGCUUCCCCAACGAGAGAUCCUCCAUAUCUCACGAGGAAUUGUAAUGCCAAUAUUUCAUUCAGUUCGUGUGUCGAACGAUGAUCAGAAAGAAGGACGGGAAGAAGAGGAAAAAGAAAGAAGAAACAAACCCAAGAGCAUCCUGCUGU